CAUGACGGGGUGUGCCUAUAUAUACAGCCCACAGACCCCCACCGAAAUCUGCAUUGCCGGCCGCCCGCCGCCGCCGCCUCUAGCUGGACGGUAUCAACGCCUCCCCCAAAAUCCUUCCGGCGCCUCUCCUCCCUUCAAUGGCGUUCGUGACGCUCAUGGUGUUGGCGUCCCCUGCCCUGAUACUGCUCCUGAGGGCGGCAUGGAUCACCCUGUCCUGCUACUUGCUGACGCCGCUGCGAAUCCGCCGGAUCAUGGCCCGGCAGGGCGUGCACGGUCCCCCGCCGCGCCCGCUCAUCGGCAACCUCCGCGACGUGUCGUCGCUCGUGGCGCAGGCCACCGCCGACGACAUGCCGGCGCUGAGCCACGACAUCGUCGGCCGCCUCAUGCCGCACUACGUGCUCUGGUCCAGGACAUACGGGAAGCUGUUCGUGUACUGGUACGGCAGCGAGCCGCGCCUGUGCCUGACGGACGCGGCGCAGAUCAAAGAGUUCCUGUCGUCCAAGUACGCGGCGAACGCCACCGGCAAGUCGUGGCUGCAGCGCCAGGGCACCCGGCACUUCAUCGGCCGAGGGCUCCUCAUGGCCAACGGCGCGCACUGGUCGCACCAGCGCCACGUCGUCGCGCCGGCGUUCAUGCCCGACAAGCUGAAGGGGCGCGUGGGUCACAUGGUGGAGUGCACGAAGCAGACGAUCCGUGCGCUCCAGGAGGCAGCGUCGUCGCCGGCGCCGUCGCCCGGCGGCGGGCGGCGUCGGGAGGUGGAGAUCGGCGGGUACAUGACUCGGCUCACCGGCGACAUCAUCUCGCGCACCGAGUUCGACACGAGCUACGAUACCGGGAAGCUCAUCUUCCGUCUCCUCGAGGACCUGCAGCGCCUCACGGCGAGCUCCAGCCGCCACCUCUGGAUCCCCGGCAGCCAGUACUUCCCGAGCAAGUACAGGAGGGAGAUCACGCGGCUGAACGGCGAGCUGGAGGCCGUGCUGACGGAGUCCAUCGGGCGGAGCAGGGAGAUCGCCGACGAGGGCCGCACGACGUCGGCCUACGGCCGGGGCCUGCUGGCCAUGCUGCUGGCCGAGAUGGAGAAGAAGAAGAAGCAGGACGGAGCGGCGGCGGCGGAGCAGCAGCAGUUCAGCUACGACCUGCAGCUGGUGAUCGACGAGUGCAAGACGUUCUUCUUCGCGGGGCACGACACGUCGGCGCUGCUGCUCACCUGGGCGCUGAUGCUGCUCGCCACGCACCCGGAGUGGCAGGACAGGGCCCGCGCCGAGGUCGCCCGAGUCUGCGGCGACGACCCGCCGUCGUACGACGACCUCUCCAAGCUCACCGUGCUGCAGAUGAUCAUCCACGAGACGCUGCGGCUGUACCCGCCGGCGACGCUGCUGCCACGGAUGGUGUUCGAGGACAUCCGCCUCACCGCCGCCGGCGGCCUCCACCUGCCGCGCGGCCUGUCGGUGUGGAUCCCGGUGCUGGCCAUCCACCACGACGAGUCCAUCUGGGGCCCCGACGCGCACGAGUUCAGGCCGGAGCGGUUCGCGGCGGGGCGGCGCCCGGCGUUCCUGCCGUUCGCGUCGGGCCCGCGCAACUGCGUCGGCCAGGCGUACGCGCUCGUCGAGGCCAAGGUCGUGCUCGCCAUGCUGCUGUCCCACUUUCGCAUCGCCAUCUCCGACGACUACCGCCACGCGCCGGUGAACGUGCUCACCCUCCGCCCCAAGCACGGCGUGCCCGUCCACCUCCGCCCGCUGCGGCCGUGACCGACGACGACAAGACUGAAGACACCCCCCCCCCCACCCACCCCUCUCCUCCCAAAAUUUGUUUUGUUCGUUUUGGUGCCCCCGGCCGGCGGUGCGCGCCUUCUCGGCUGCAGAGAGUGCUUCAAGUUUUGUUCUCUCCUGUUGGUUCUUCUUCCCUGUAGCGCCGCUGACAUGUGAGACCGGCAUGUCCGCAGCUGUUGAUCAAGGGAGUAGGCAUGACGCCAUAACCUGAUGCAGUGUGCUAAACUGCGUACUAUAUAUUAUAAGUUUAGGGUUGGUGGAGCUUUUGGUACCGACUUAGAGAGCAUAUAUGUACGCAGAUUAGUGACAUAAUUACAUUGACUAAUCACAGAGGAUUAGCACAUGGGUACUA